CGUACGACAGGCAAUGAUUCUGAAACCAGAUCCAGCAAAACCAGAUCCAGCAAAACCAGAUCCACCAAAACCAGACAUCAAGUUUGCGGGAUACUGAGACGAAGGGAGGAAAGUAGGAAAGAAGGGAGGACAUCAUCAUAAUGAGACUCAUACUGGGGAACAGGGAGCAGUGUGAAAGAUGCAGAACUAGGGAAAAUGUAGACCAUAGAUUCUUACACUGUAAUAAAUAUGCAAAUGAGAGAGAGAGAAAGAGUAAAUCAGAGCGACAGAUGGAAUAUGAACAGUGGGCUGUCAGGACCUUCUUACAUUAAACAAGGGGGGCAUAACGAUACACACUCUUGUACAGUAGGAGGCGGUAUGCACCCUUCAGCUGUUUGCGAUCCGCCAAUAAAAAACCCAGAGAAGAAGAAGAAGGAGGCGUGCUGUGAUUGGUGGAAAGUUUAGCGGACUUUAUCCCUAAGAAGAAGAAGAAGAAGGAGGCGUGCUGUGAUUGGUGGAAAGUUUAGUGGACUUGAUCCCUGAGAAGAAGAAGGAGGCGUGCUGUGAUUGGUGGAAAGUUUAGCGGACUUUAUCCCUGAGAAGAAGAAGCUCCGUGAGUCUGAACAGCAGCUGAAUCAUCUCUGAAAAGGGGAAUUAAUUAACCAACCAAUCAUUAACUAGUCUCAGAGUCACGUUAACUUUACGUCAGCUGCUCCUCACAGACGAGCAGCGAACAUGUCUCUCCUAAACGGAAAUCAAGUGAGUAAAGAAAUGUGGAAUUCACACAACGAGAUGAUGCUGGAGCCGCUGUCGGUCAACGACGCUGAGGUGUUCAGCAUCAUAAAAAAGGAGAAGCACAGGCAGACUUUUGGUCUGGAGCUCAUAGCGUCGGAGAACUUUGCCAGCAGAGCAGUCCUUGAGGCUCUGGGUUCCUGUAUGAACAAUAAAUACUCUGAGGGAUAUCCUGGUCAGAGGUACUACGGUGGUACAGAGCAUGUAGAUGAACUGGAGAGACUCUGCCAGAAGAGGGCUCUGGAGGUUUAUGGUCUGGACUCAGAGAAAUGGGGUGUUAACGUGCAGCCAUAUUCAGGAUCACCUGCUAACUUUGCCGUCUAUACUGCCGUCGUGGAGCCUCAUGGCAGGAUUAUGGGACUGGACCUACCUGACGGAGGUCACCUGACACACGGCUUCAUGACAGAGAAGAAGAAAAUCUCAGCGACGUCUAUCUUCUUUGAGUCUAUGCCGUAUAAGGUGAAUCCAGAAACUGGAUACAUCGACUACGACAGACUGCAAGAAAACGCUCGACUGUUCCACCCCAGACUCAUCAUCGCAGGAACAAGCUGUUACUCCAGAAAUCUGGACUACCCUCGUCUGAAGCAGAUCUCUGUUGAGAACGGAGCGUUUCUGAUGGGAGACAUGGCUCAUAUCAGCGGGCUGGUGGCUGCAGGUGUCGUACCUUCACCUUUUGAAUUCUGUGACAUCGUUUCUACGACAACACACAAAACACUGCGAGGCUGCCGCGCGGGACUCAUCUUCUAUAGGAAAGGUGUGCGGAGCGUGGACGCUAAAGGAAAAGAGACUCUGUUCAACCUGGAGUCUCUGAUCAACCAGGCGGUGUUUCCAGGGCUGCAGGGAGGACCUCACAACCAUGCCAUCGCAGGGGUCGCUGUUGCUCUCAAACAGGCCAUGACUCCAGAGUUCAGAGCCUAUCAGAAGCAGGUUUUGGCUAACUGCAAAGCUCUGUCCAGCGCUCUGAUCGACCACGACUAUAAGAUUGUCACUG